AUGGCGGCGAUCGGUGCUUCGCGUUCUAGAACGCAGCAAAAACAUGAACAGAUUGAGAAAAUACCGAUCUCAAACGCCACGAAAGUUGAUGUAAUGAACUUUUUAGAUAGGAUGUCGGGUAAAGUGGUGGGAGGAGGAAAUCGUGGGGAUUUUUUCUACACGAAUUUCGUGGCUGUCAAUGAUGUUCGUUGCCCAUUAUCUGAGUGCUCUGAACGCGAUCUACUGCCCGAGUUCUUUGCGGCACAAGAUGUUAACGAGGGGGAAUUGGCCUGGGACGUCUUCAAAAACUCUAUUACUAAGUUACAUAUGGCAUGUGAGGAUGGCUAUUAUACAAGAGUGGACAAACGUCUGGCUGCUAUCUUCGACUAUAUGGAUCACUACAAUGAAGUAGUAGACGAAGGAAAAUCAAAUGGAGAUGUGUACCAAAUUAAGAAGAAUAUUGAAGAUCCUAAAUGCGUCUAUGAAAGUGAAAUGGCCACACUACUUGUCAACCAUGUGCUGAAGCAGCUUGCACCUGAUUGUCCAUGUUAUCUCGAUGACCAGACUUCCCAUAAGUUGACCGAGUGCUUCUGCGGCUGUGGAACCAGUAUGAAUUAUAUUAACACUAGUAUUGGCUGCAACCAGGUUUUUCAUGGACGAAUUGAUGCUAUUGUGGGUUCAGUUCCAAUUGUUACAAGAAACCUUAGUGACGAUGAAGGUGAAGAUGAAGAAGAAACAAAUGAGGAUGAACCUCCAAGAAAGAAGUUUUGUCUGGGCCAUCGUUCCUCCAUUGCCUUAGAAUUCAAAAAGGAGUAUGGUGAAAAUAAGGCAGGUCUUUGUGCAAUGAAUCAAGCUACAGCCAUUUGUAUUGUAUUUUCAUUUUAUCAGCAGUAUAAUUCUGAUAAGCGAAAGGUACAGGAACCUCAGACGGGACUGUGCCCUACCAUCCUUCUCUCUAAAAAACAGUUUUCAGUUUGUCUGUAUGAUUCUGUAAAUGACAUACUCUUAAGGACUCAACCCAUGCGUCUGCAAACUAAUGGCAUUCUUGAAAGGCAUGCUCUAUUCUACCUUUGGUGUGUCCUGAGUUGUGACUUCAUAUGUCCUGAUGAACGAGCUGUGAAAUUCAGAUCUGGUUUCCAUGAACGAUCCUCAGGCAUUCACCACUAUCAGGAGCACCUUAAGCUGGGUACUCACUUUCACUCACGUCAUAAGGAACAAAUGGUGGUAAAGAAUACGGUUAUACUUUCAAGAAUCCCAAAUUACCUUCGUCCAGCAAAAUUUACAUGUCCUGCUAGUACAUCAUGUACAUAGACACGAUAAUAUUGCCUAAAUGGGCUUUAAGGUAAAGCACUAUGGCCAGGGGUAUUUUCCCCAAGUCAGUUUUGGAACACUUAUGAAAUGAGUGGAUAAAAAACCAAUGGACCUGAUCAAAUAUCACUUUGGCGUGAGUCUUUUUUUAGCAUCGAUGCCCAAUUCGGACUCGGAGUCCGAAUUUAGACUCGUAGAAUUCAAUUUCUAGUAUCGAAAGGGACCGAGGGAAUAUGCUGCUCCGCGGUAGUAAGUGGAACAUCUUCAUCAAUACUGCAUACAAUUCAUUCCCACUUGGUAGGAUCAUAGUAGGGAGGGUAGGCUAUCAUCUGAUACCACUCAUUUUGCGGUUAUGUAAUCCCUAGCAACACCAUAGCAACCCAGUUUGUAUGCUGUAUCUCAAUCAUUGUCAAUACUGGGUUAUGUCAUCCCUAGCAACAAAAGUCCUAAAUCGAAUGGGAUAGCCCAUCCUUCCUGCUAUCAUCCUACCAAUUUAAAAUUAUUUGUAUACGGUAUGUCCCACUCAUACCGCAGAAAAGUGGGUGUUGCUAUGGUGUUGCUAGGGGUUACAUAAUCCAGAAACGAAUGUGAUCAGAUCAUAGCCCAGCCUCCAAGCUAUCACCCAAGGAGGAUACCACGGUGACGUCACGGCUUUUCCAAGAUGGCGCUGCAUAUUGUAAACAAACUCGAUCCACGACCAAGGGAAAAUCAAGUCAUCAAAAAGUUAGAUUUUUCGCAUCAGAUCAGAGUUAUUAGUACUUUUCUGCUAUGAAAUAAGUCUUCAGACAAUAAGCUAUCAUUUGAAUAAUGAAAAGUGCUGUUUUGAUGGGGAAAAAUAGGUUUUUUUUAACCAAAUAGCCAGGCACCGAUCUUCCAAAAUUAGCGAUGGUUUCAAAACAGUCUCCCAGAUAUGGGCAAUCUCUUCAUUUUCAUAAUGGGAUUUGGAGGCAUGUUUACAGAUUUUACAAGUUCGCGACCUGUAGGACCUAAAACUCGCAUAGAUCCCCAUAGAUCCCCUCUAUUUGUCGAGUUAGCGCCCCUGUAAGAUCAUGCAUUUUCGGACAAUAGAACGAAAUCUUCCCGCGGAUAUCGCGGUUUCGGUGAUGAUUUAAGGAGAAAUUGACUGUUCUUAGAGUUGUAUGGGACAUAAAUGAGUUCAUACUUCAUGAAUACAUGAAUAUAUUAUGAUAUGGGCGGGCUUCUAAGUCAAAACAAUAACAAACUCAACUGCAUCUCUACUGUAUAUUGCGUAGUGCAUUGCCUAGUGUAUUUCGUAGUGUAUUUUAGCGGAGACAUUAUUUCCGCACUUUGGCCACGCCAAACGUCUUUUUUAUUCGUGGAAGUUAAUCUGCUCUGUAAAUUUUAUUUUACACAGGAAGAAUCCAUACUAGGUAUUGCAAUAUUUCAUGUCUAUUGGUGUUUUUGUGUACAGGAGCGCACCAGACAGUGAGACGUGGAGAUGUGCUCAGUGCUGGUGCUGUCAGUAGACUGAAUCUGAUUGGCCAUAGCGAUCACUAAUAUGGGUCGGGAUCACGUGAUGUGACGUCACCGCGGUAUCCUCCUUGGCUAUCACCCAACCAAGUCUCAAUGAUUCGUAUGCAUCUAUGCCAAAGAUGUCCCAAUUCUACCGCAAAACAAUUGGGUUGCUAUGGUGUUGCUAGGGGUUACAUAAUCCCAAAACAAAUGUUAUCAUGUUAUAGCUCAAUCUCCCAGCUAUCACCCUACAAAGUUAGAAUGAUUUGUGUGCAUUAUUGUCAAAGAUGUCUCACGACAAGCGUUUUGCGUGUCAAAUUCCUAUGAAUUUAAGGACUUUCACUAAAUUUUCUCAAAAUUGCAGCCUAGACUUUUGAAUUUACAACCAUCAUUUUUAUGCAAACAUUCAAAGCAAUCUAUUGAUUGUAUGAGACACUUUCAGAUGUGCAGCGUUUCUUCUCGAUGGGCCGUUUUUUGGGAAGGAUGCCGAAUUUAGAAACGAUCAACGUUUGUAAAUUCGGACUCUGAGUCCGAAUUCGGACUCGCAGCGAGUCCGAAUUCGGCAUCGAUGCUAAAAAAAGACUCACGCCGAAGUGAUAUUGCUCCUUCGUGGUUUAGAGUUUUCACAAAAAAUCAUUACUGGAAGCUGUAGCAUAUUGUAAUAUGUCCCCAAAUAACAGUAGAAAUCCAUGAGAAACUGCAGUAAAAAACAGCCCCGUAUGUCUUAGGUGAAGUCAUUGCAGUUAGUGACAACCUUUCACGUUGACGUUUCAUUGAAUAACUAGUUUUCUGCCACUUACUUUCUAACACACAAUUUAUGCCUUGGCAGGAAACCGAUCAUGUGUGAGCCCCUCUUACAUCAACAAUUAUUGGCAUAUUUUAGACUAUUUUAGACGAAGCUUGCAGACCGAGAAAUUCAGCUUACCUAAUCACCAAGCCUGCACUAGAAAUCAUGCCUAGCACCAAACUAGACUUUCAGACGACCUCGAUACUUCUGACUGACACGACAUACGUGCGCCUUGGUAUUUUACCUCAAUAAAGCCAUCCUUCCUCAUGUUCAUUGUGAGUGAACGUACAUUUUCCUUCUCAAAACAGGCCACAUGUAUGUAUACUUUAAUUCCUUGUGAAUAAGAUUAGAACCUCUCCUAGCCAUAGCAAGGCCUAAGUAGUCCCGCCCAUCAUGUGAAAUAAUUGUGCUUCGUUUGAAUACCUAACAUUUGAUUUGACCAUAUUCAGUACACACACAUGUCUCAUUGCAUCACAGCGGAAACCACAGAUUGACUGUCAUCCAAUCACUAUUGGUAGGCCUGGUUCGCUCAGUCUAUUUGCGAAUGGAUGGCAAGGGUGGUGGUUACAUACUUCAUGACUUUGGUGGAUCUGCCCGGAUAAAAAUGGCUGCUGGUUCUUAUUCGCAAGUAAUUAGUAUUUUUAAAGCAUCGCUAUUUGGCUAAUUUUUUCACUCCUAGUCUUACUGAACCGCCGCCUACAAUAGUUUUUCAGGGUGACUUCAAUACAUUAUUCUUUCAAUCAAAUCCAGCAAUGUGGAUUCGGUGGGGUGCAGGCUACCUAAAUCAUCUGUUUUGCAUUUACCAAAAAGGCUAAACUGGUUUAUUGCUCGCAAAACCAGGCAGUCUCCACUGUUAUGAAGGCCCAGCCGACUAGGCCGACUGAGUCCAAGGUGACUUUGGUCCAACUUCAGCUCGCUGUAAUGUCAAGUAAUUUUAAAAGGGCAUGUCACCUGAAGGAAAUCACCCAAUCUGAAGACAUGCUAAAUUUCAGUUCUGGGCCAUAAUGAUAGAUAGCAGCACCAGUUUACACAGUAUGAACUGGUGCUGCCAGAUCUAUCAUUAUGGACAAUAACAAGGAUUAAAAGCGGGUAAUUUACUUCAGGCAAUAUGCCCUUUUUUAAGAGCCAUUGCACGAGAAAUCCAGACAAUAUAAGACAAAUGUAACUGUUGACCCACUUGAUUGAAAUAAUCUACCUGUUAUGUAGUGGGGGAGGAUACCCAGACUUCACAACCAGACAUGACAGUGGCGCCCCCUGGAAGUUUGGGCCUACUGUGCUGAUACCUUUCCAUUAUUUUUUGUAAAAACUUUGUCUGGAUUUCUCGUGCAAUAUAACAUGUAUAUAAAUAUAAUAUAACAGUAACAAUUAUAAACACUAACUUCAGUAUGAUUGUAAUAUCUAUUAUAAUAACUACCGGUAGCGUUUUAUACCCGUCGCAAAUUGUAGUACAAUCCUCUAGGCCCGGAUGUAAACCGAUAUAAUCUCUCUAGCUUAUCGCUUAAACACCAUAUACUGUAGAACAGAAUAAUUUCGCGCCGUUAAAUUUUCACGAAUUGCUGAUCAUAGGCCUAUUCGUGACAGGAUAUUUUUGCGAGACAAGGGCCAUUUUUUUCCAGAUUUUUUCGAUGGCAAUAUUUCCAGAAAGGUGCUGUUUAGAAUUCCCCUAAUUCGGCACAUUGCAUAACAAGGACAAUGGUUUCGCAAGCACUUGUGUCAAUAAUUUGAGUUUGGCGUCCCUUAUUGAGUUAUUAACUGAAUAAAGGGGCAAAUUAGGCCUGCGACUAGGCUACCAAGCUACCGAAUAGGCUGCUUGGGGGACCAAACAAUGGCUUCUGAUCACGGAAUGAACUCUGAUUACACGAAUCGCUGCUGAAUGAAAUCAGGUUAAAAACAGAAGAUUUUCGCGGCAUAAAGUUUUCGUGACCUGGACCCCUCGCGUAAUAUGCGAAAAUAUCCUGCACGCGAAAUUUUCCUGUUUAAAGUACAUUGUAGCCUCAAAUUACGCUUGCUUGACGGAGCCGGAAAGGUCCUCAGUGAAAGAGGUAAUAUCUGUCAUAAUAUCUGUCAAUCACUAAUAGUUAUUCUUCUCCUUGACCAAUAGAAUUCCUUGAUCAACCUGCACAAUGUCAUGGCUUGAGCAGUACUUGUGGUUUAUGAAUAUAAUCCUGUUUAUUCCAUUCUACUAU